AAGGAAUCAACAGCCGCCAUCUUGUCGCGGCUCGGAAUUGGUAUUUCGGUCCCACGCUGGGUUUUAUGAAGAAAUCGACCAUCUUUGCUGGGAUAUGACAACGUCUUUCAGCAUUGAACGAAGCCUUAACGUCGCCUCGGAGUAAUUUUGUGCGAAAAAACGGGAAUUGGAUCGGUGGUCGUCGGGCAGAACAGCUCCGUAUAUCUGAUUUCCCCUUCAGAGUGCGGCGAUUCAGCCCCUGUCGCCGUUCGCCAGCAGUAUUGUUUACCGUGGGCAAGCAGAGACCAGAUCGUGACUUUCGAGACUAUUUGCAGAAACCUUGCAUUUUUAUGCAGUUGUGCAUUUUUGGGGCGCUUCGCGCGAUUUUUGCACGAAGAAUUUUGACGUCACGCAAAAUGGGCACUUUGAUCAUCUAGAAAUUACGACUUUUCUCUCGGAAUGUUGCAAUCCACCUAAUUUAUCUGGAUUGUCAUUUUCUAGCUCGAUUUGUACAUGGGGGACGUUUUAAUUUGGGUUAUUUAAUGAUAAUAAUGUGGGUGUUGGGUGUUGGAUUAUCAUGGGGUGAAUGGCGGUGGCGAAGCGGGGCGCUAUUGCAUUUCUUUUGAGAGACUGACUCGCAGCCAAGGAGUAGCUAGCGCUAACAGUUAACAUAGCUAGUAGCAGGCAAUUAGCUAGCUAUUAGCCAGUUAGCUAACGUUAGCCGGCUCCCAGCUUGCUAAUGUGCUAACUGGGAAGGCUUGGGUUGAAAGAGCAACUUUUGUGUCACAAAGUAUUCAGAAUUGUCAACUCUAGAAAAGCAGUUAAACUAGAGAACAACUAUGGCCGAAAAUCUACUGGACGUCGGACCUCCCAGCUCCAAACGGCCGAAGCUGAAUUCACCUGCUCUGUCAGCGUCAGAUGGACAAGAUCUUGGGUCUCUUUCCUGGGAUGAUUUGGAGAAUGACCUUCCAGAUGAGCUGAUCCCUAAUGGAGGAGAUCUGAGCCUGAUGGGUGGGAUGCCUACGAAUGGUGGAGCCACACCUGGAGCUGGUGGGCCUGGUGGUGCCCAAGCAGGUCUUGGUAGUGGCGGCGCCUCCGUCGUCCCAGACGCAGCUGCCAAGCACAAGCAGCUCUCAGAGCUACUUCGACCUGGCAGCACCUCCAGCAUCGCAGGUACAGGGCUCAACUCGUCCAGUCCUCAAUCUGGUGGCAUGGGGCCACAGCUGGGGGCGCCGCUGGGCAAGAGUCCGCUUGGCCAAGGCUCGCCCAACAACCACCCGUCGCCUCAGGCUCAGAAAGCAGGGACGCCGACCGGAGUUGCAGGACAGAACAGCAACAGUAACUCUGUGACUAUGGGCCUGAACACGACGGGGUUCAACCAGGCUAUGAUUAACAAUAGCCAGGGCCAUGCAGGACUCGUGGCCCAGGGGGGCCAGCCUCAACCCGGACAGGUCAUGAACGGUGGUCUUGUACCCGGAGCCGGAAGGGGUCGGGGAGCUGGGGUGGCAGGCAUGCAGUACCAAGGCUCGGCGCUGCAGGGAGCUGCACCAGGACCGGGAGGUACUGCGAGCGCGUUGGCAGAAACACUUACCCAGGGAGGGCAACAGAUGGGAGCUCAUACCACCCUUGGUUCCGCCCAGCAAGCAGGCAACCUGAACAAAAUGGGCAUGGGCACCAAUGGAGGUCCGUUCGUGGCUCAACCUUAUGGUCAAGGUGCUGCGGGAGCGGGCCAGCAGCUAAACCCUCAGCAGCAGCUCCAGAACAAGGCUGCGCUCGCCAACAGUCUGUCUCAGUUCCCUAACGAGCUCAAAGGGGCGGCUGUUGCUAGUGUGCCAAACAUGCAGUCACAGCAGCAGGCCGCGAUGCUCCCACUGGCCGGCAGCGGGGGCGUGGCAGUGCCUUCGGCAGGCCCCACCGCCGACCCGGAGAAGCGCAAGCUGAUCCAGCAGCAGCUGGUCCUGCUGCUCCACGCACACAAGUGCCAGCGACGAGAGCAGGCCAACGGGGAGGUGCGGGCCUGCUCCCUGCCCCACUGCCGCACCAUGAAGAACGUCCUCAACCACAUGACGCACUGCCAGGCCGGCAAGUCCUGCCAAGUGGCUCACUGCGCCUCGUCAAGACAGAUCAUCUCCCACUGGAAAAAUUGUACCCGACAUGACUGUCCUGUCUGCUUGCCGCUGAAGAACGCUAGCGACAAACGCACCCAGCAGCUUCUGUCCCUCUCCACAGCCAUGCUGAGCUCUCCAAAUGCGGGUCUCCAGAACCCCAUGUCCUCUGUUGGCGUGGGCCAACCCAGCGCUCCCAGCAUCAACCCCCCAGCUCCUAUAGACCCCAGCUCCAUGCAGAGAGCCUACGCAGCACUUGGUCUGCCUUACAGCAGCCAGGCCCAGGCUCAGGCCCAGCAGGCCCCAGGACAGACGGCAGGUGCUCAGAACUCCCAGCAGCAACUUCCACAGCAGAUGAGAUCCAUCAACGCCAUUGGUAAAGUCAGCCAGAUAACUUUUAUAGUCAGAUUUGACUUCGGUUGCUGUAAUCAGAUGGCUCUUGGAGGCGGGACAAUGGCUGUGACCACUUCAGAACAAACGAACCUGCACACAGACUCCCUUCCCAACUCAAUCAACACUAACAAUCAGCUGCUGUCCGACGGAUCAGCUGUGGGGUCAAUGGGCAGCUUACCCACGGCAGCACCCGUCUCUGCUACAGGCUCCAGGAAAGCCUGGCAUGAGCAUGUCACUCAGGACCUGCGCAAUCACCUCGUACACAAACUAGUACAAGCCAUAUUCCCCACCCCCGACCCGGCAGCUUUGAAAGACAGACGAAUGGAAAACCUUGUGGCCUAUGCCAGAAAGGUGGAAGGGGACAUGUAUGAGUCCGCAAACAGCCGGGAUGAGUACUAUCACUUCUUGGCUGAAAAAAUAUACAAAAUCCAAAAGGAACUGGAGGAGAAGAGGCGUUCAAGGCUACAGAAGCAGAUCAUCAACCAGGCACCUUUGGCUGCACAGGCGGCCCAACAGCCCGGGCUGCCACAGCCUGGUGCUCUGGGCCCAAGGCCACAGAAUGGGCCUGUUUCUUUGCCGAACAUGCCAAAUCAGAUCAUGAACCGCAUGCAAGUUUCACAAGGAAUGAACCAGUUCAACCACAUGGCUCUGCCCAACGCCCAGAUGUCUCAGGCGCCAAUGGGUGCUCGAGCUGCUUCUCCCAUGAGCCACUCACAGCAAAUGAACAUGAGCUCUGUCCCAGCGAUGGGAAUGUCUCCCUCCAGGAUGCCUCAGGCACAGGGCAUGAUGGGCGGACACACCAACAUGGUGGGUCAGACGGCCAGUCAGGGUCAGUUCAUGCCUCAGACCCAGUUUCCUCCCGGUGGAGUUGCCACAUCAGGGGCCAUGAAUGUCACGGUGGGGCCUGGCAUGGGUCAGCCACAGGCACAGGCUGCUGUCACUCAGCAGCCGCAGCAGAGCGCUAACCUCCCCAUGAAUGCACUUGGCCCCUCGCUGGGCCCUCAGUUAGCCUCCUCCCAAACCCCUUUGCACUCCACGCCUCCGCCUACCGCCUCCUCCGCCUCCACGGCUGGGGGGGCCACUAACCUGCCGCACCCCCAGUCCUCCAGCCGCAGCUCCACCCCUACCCUCCCCGGCCCCGCCCCAGCCCCAGCCCAGGGUGCCACCCCACCCCGCCCCACUCAGCCCCAACCCCAGGCGGAGCUCCCUGCAGCAGCACAGACGCAGCCCCCGCCUCAGCCCCCUACCACACCGCUCUCGCAGCCCGGGGCCAGCCUGGAUAACCGGGUGCCCACGCCCGCCUCCGCCACCAGUGCCGACCUGCACUCGCAGCAAGUCGGAGCGGACCUACCAGUCCAGGAGGUCAAAUCAGAAUCGCACCACGACCAACAGGAAUUUGAAGCUGCUGGGGGGAAAACUGAGCCCAAGAUGGAGACGGAGGAUGACACAAAUUCAGUUUUGACAAAGAAGGAGGAACCGGAGGAAAAACCAGAGCCCAUGGAGGUGGAAGAGAAGAAGCCAGAAAUGAAGACGGAGCCCAAAGAAGAGGAGGAAGGUGGAACCAAUAGCACAACCUCAUCUUCCCCUUCUCAGUCACGACGGAAAAUAUUUAAGCCGGAGGAGUUGCGGCAGGCUCUGAUGCCCACGCUGGAGUCCCUUUACCGGCAGGACCCAGAGUCACUGCCCUUCCGACAGCCAGUGGACCCCAUGCUCCUGGGUAUCCCUGACUAUUUCGACAUAGUCAAGAACCCAAUAGAUCUGUCGACAAUAAAGCGAAAGCUGGACACAGGACAGUACCAAGAGCCCUGGCAGUACGUGGAUGAUGUGUGGCUGAUGUUCAACAACGCCUGGCUCUACAACCGGAAAACAUCCCGGGUCUAUAAGUACUGCUCCAAGCUGGCCGAGGUGUUUGAGUCUGAGAUCGACCCGGUCAUGCAGGGCCUGGGCUACUGCUGUGGCAGGAAGUACGAAUUUUCCCCUCAAACUCUGUGCUGCUAUGGAAAGCAACUCUGCACCAUACCUACAGGAGGCACAUACUACAGUUACCAGAACAGGUAUCAUUUUUGUGAAAAAUGCUUCAAUGAGAUCCAGGGGGAGAGUGUGACGUUAGGAGAUGACCCGGCUCAGCCGCAGACGAUGAUAUCAAAAGACCAGUUCGAACGUAAGAAGAAUGAUGUUCUCGACCCUGAACCGUUUGUUGAAUGUAAAGAUUGUGGACGGAAAAUGCACCAGAUCUGCGUUUUACACUACGAGGUUAUUUGGCCGUCCGGAUUCAUUUGUGAUAACUGUUUGAAGAAAAGUGGGAAAACACGGAAGGAAAACAAGUUCUCCGCAAAAAGGCUCCAGUCGACACGACUGGGAACAUACAUAGAGGACCGUGUGAAUAAAUACUUGAAGAGACAGAACCACCCAGAGGCCGGAGAAGUGUUUGUGCGAGUGGUGGCAAGCUCUGACAAAACGGUGGAGGUCAAACCGGGCAUGAAAGCCAGGUUUGUGGACACGGGAGAAAUGCCCGAAACCUUUCCUUACAGAACCAAAGCACUUUUUGCAUUUGAGGAAAUCGAUGGCGUGGAUGUGUGCUUCUUUGGCAUGCACGUGCAGGAGUACGGCUCUGAAUGCCCAUUUCCCAACACUAGACGGGUCUACAUAUCAUACCUUGACAGUAUUCACUUCUUCAGACCUCGGAUUCUACGAACAGCUGUGUACCAUGAGAUCCUCAUCGGUUAUCUUGAAUACGUCAAAAAACUUGGGUACACCCAGGGCCACAUCUGGGCCUGUCCACCCAGUGAAGGAGAUGAUUACAUCUUCCACUGCCAUCCUCCCGACCAGAAGAUCCCCAAGCCCAAGAGACUGCAGGAGUGGUACAGAAAGAUGUUGGACAAGGCCUUUGCCGAAAGAAUCCUGCAUGACUACAAGGACAUCUUUAAACAGGCUACAGAGGACCGGCUGACCAGCGCCAACGAGCUGCCGUACUUUGAAGGCGACUUCUGGCCAAACGUGCUCGAGGAAAGCAUCAAGGAACUGGAACAGGAGGAAGAGGAAAGGAAGAAAGAAGAGAACACAGCUUCUACUGAAACUCCUGAGGGUACACCAGGGGACAGCAAAAAUGCAAAGAAAAAGAACAACAAGAAGACCAAUAAAAACAAGAGCAGUGUGAGCCGAGCCAAUAAGAAGAAGCCUGGGAUGCCGAAUGUAGCGAAUGAUCUGUCCCAGAAGUUGUACGCCACCAUGGAGAAGCACAAAGAGGUGUUCUUCGUGAUCCACCUUCAUUCUGGUCCCAUGGCCAACACCCUGCCGCCCAUCGCUGACCCUGACCCCUUGAUCUCCUGCGACCUGAUGGACGGCCGCGACGCCUUCCUGACGCUGGCGCGGGACAAACACUGGGAGUUCAGCUCGCUCAGGAGGUGCAAGUGGAGCACCAUGUGCAUGCUGGUCGAGCUGCACAACCAGGGACAGGAUCGCUUUGUGUACACGUGCAACGAGUGCAAGCACCACGUGGAGACGCGCUGGCACUGCACCGUGUGCGAGGACUUCGAUCUUUGCAUUAACUGCUACAACACGAAGGGCCACGAGCACCAGAUGGUGAAGUGGGGUCUUGGCCUGGACGACGACAGCAACAGCCAGGGCGGAGAGGCUUCCAAGAGCCCGCAAGAGAGCCGGCGUUUAAGCAUUCAGCGGUGCAUUCAGUCCCUGGUCCACGCUUGCCAGUGUCGCAAUGCCAACUGCUCCCUGCCGUCCUGCCAGAAGAUGAAGAGAGUGGUGCAGCACACCAAGGGCUGCAAGCGCAAAACCAACGGGGGCUGCCCCGUGUGCAAGCAGCUCAUCGCCCUGUGCUGCUACCACGCCAAGCACUGUCAGGAGAACAAGUGCCCCGUCCCGUUCUGCCUGAACAUCAAGCACAAGCUCCGGCAGCAGCAGCUGCAGCACCGGCUCCAGCAGGCCCAGCUGAUGAGGAGGAGAAUGGCCACCAUGCAGGGCCGAACCAUGCCGCUCCCGUCCCCCCCGGCCUCCGCCGCGCCCAACACUCCCACCUCUCACGCCCAGCCCAACACUCCCCAGACGCCCCAGCAGCCGCUCUCCAACCAGCCGCAGACGCCCACCCUCGCCCCGGGCCGCCCCCCGCCCCCGGGGUCCCAGGCCAACCCGGGCCCCCAGGCCUCCCCCCUCCACCAGCAGCAGUCCCCCCUGCCCCAGCCCCCCCAACCGCCUCAGCCGCUAAAGCAGCCCCCGCUGGCCGCCGUCAAGAUGGCGCGGCACAUCGAGAUGGUGGCGCAGGCCCAGCAGAAUCAGCAAAACUACAGAGUCAACAUGAACGGCCUGGCCAUGAACCCCCAGCAGCCGCAGCAGCGCAUGGCCGGACCCAUGCAGCCUGCCAUGCAGAUGGUGCCCGGCCCCCACGGACCCCAGGUCAUGCAGUCCGGCAUGGCCCCGGGACAGUGGGCGGGAGGGGCCGGCCCCCUGCAGGCGGCCCAGACCCAGCAGCCGGGCCUCGCCCCGGGUCAGACCCCACAGCAGGCCUUGACCAUACAGCGGGCCAUGAUGGCGCAAGGGCAGCAGACUCAGCCGGGCCAGAGGAUGCUGAUACCACAGCAGCCCGGGGCCCGGCCCCAGACCCCGCAGAGACCCGGUACCAUACCCCCAAACGCCCUUCAGGAUCUACUGCGCACCCUCAAGUCCCCCAGCUCGCCCCAGCAGCAGCAGCAGGUCCUCAACAUCCUCAAGUCCAACCCUCAGCUGAUGGCCGCCUUCAUCAAACAGCGAACAGCCAAAUACCACGCAACCCAGCCCCAGCAGCAGCAGGCGGGCCAGCCGCAGCAGCAGCCCGGCAUGCCGGCCAUGCAGACCAUGGCCAUGCCGGGGGGGCCGGUGCAAAGGCCCGGGAUGCCCCCGCAGCAGCCCCCUGUGCAGGGCAUGUCCCCGCUGGGGGCUCCGGGGCAGCUCAUGAACGCAGCAGCGCACAGCAACAACCCGCAGUUCCAGGAGCUCUACCGCCGGCAGCUUUUAAGACAACAACAACAGCAACAACAACAACAACAGCAGCAGCAGCAGCAGCAGCAGGGCGUGAUGCCUCAGGGCCACCCGGGCCAGUUCCCGGCUCAGGUCCAGGGCACGGCCCCCACAUACUCCCAGCUCCGCAUGCAGCAGCAGCAGCAGCAGCAGCAGCAGCAGCAGAUCGCCAUGCAGGCGGGGGCCGGAGCGGCCGGAGGACCCAUGGGUCAGCUCCCACCCAUGGCUCAGAUGGUCCAGCCCGGAAUGGGGAUGGACUCCGCCCAGAACCUGAUCCAUCAGCGGCUGCUCCAGCAGCAGCAGCUCCCCCAGCAGCAGCAGCAGGCCGUCCUCAAGCAGCAGAUGGGCUCCCCCGCACAGCCCAGCCCCAUGAGCCCCCAGACCCACCUCCUGGCCGGCCAGACUCAGGGUGCAACCCACCUGCCCGGCCAGCCGGCGCUGGCCAACGCCCUGGGCAACCAGGUGCGCUCCCCGGCGCCGGUCCAGUCCCCGUGUCCGCCCCUGCAGCAGCAGCCGCCGCCGCCACAUUCCAGCCCCUCGCCCCACGUCCAGAACCAGCCCCAGCCCUCGCCCCAGCACCCGCACCCGCCCCACUCGGGCUCCCCCCACCCGGGGCUCGGCCCACUUCAGUCCAUGGACCAGGGACACUUGGGGACGCCAGAACAAAACGUCAUGUUACCACAGCUCAACACGCCCAACAGGGCGGGGCUGAGCAACGACUUGGGGAUGGUGGGAGAUGCCACAGGGGACACUCUGGAGACUUUUGCGCAGAAAUUGUAG